GAUAAACAAACGACAACUGAGAUAAAUGGAUGAUAUCAGUCUCCUAUCAUAUUCCCACUCUCUUGAGCUCACCACCACUGUCUCUGUUAUCAUCGAAGCCAUCAUGUCCACACACACUCUCCCUGAUCUCCCAUACUCCUAUGAUGCUCUCGAGCCUUUCAUCUCGAGGCAGAUCAUGGAGCUUCAUCACAAGAAGCAUCAUCAAACCUAUGUGAACGCUCUCAUUGCUGCUGAGGCUAGCUACGCAAAAAGUUCUACCCCCAGAGAGCGCAUCGCCCUUCAGGCAGCACUCAAGUUCAACGGUGGUGGUCAUAUCAACCACUCUCUGUUCUGGAAGAACCUAGCGCCUGCCUCCAGUGAGGGCAAGGGUAAUGGUGGUUCCUUGAAGGCUGGUCCUCUUAAGGACGCCAUCGAGCAGACCUUCGGGUCGCUCGACGCGCUCAAGAAAGAGUUCAAUGCCACCACCGCUGGUAUUCAAGGUUCCGGAUGGGGCUGGCUCGGUUUGAACCCCACCACCAAGCGCCUCGAGGUCACCACGACUGCAAACCAGGACCCGCUUCUGACGCACAUCCCUAUCAUUGGGGUUGACAUCUGGGAGCAUGCUUUCUACCUCCAGUAUCUCAACGUUAAGGUUGAUUAUCUGAAUGCCAUCUGGAGCGUUAUCAACUUCGAGGAGGCUGAAAAGAGGUUCACGGAGGGUCUUUCUUCUAGCAAGCUGUAAGCUUCUGAGGGGUGACAGAAUAAAAUGAAAGAGAAACGAAUUCGCGCCAUGUUGUAUUAUCGACACGUUGCUUGUCGCAAUGAAUUGUGUCUGUUGAUCGUUC